AUGAAAAUGCUUGCUGGAAUAUCUGCUUCUAUUUUGCUGUUGACAUCAGCAGUUGCAAGGCUUAUUUUGCGACUUAAUCUUCAGCCUCCUGAAUUUGUUACUGGUACUUAUUAUUUUGAGUUGAGGGCGGUAUCUCUUACGCAACAUUUGGGGUACUACAAGGAGUACCAGUGUAAGGUGACAAAAUUGGUGGGGAUUGAGAAAGCAAAAGGGAUGUUCUCAGCUGGAAUUCAUCUUCUCAGUGCUGGAAAUAGUGAUUAUCUUCAGAAUUACUACAUCAAUACUUAUAUCUACAUACAUUAUACACCUGAUCAGUUUGCUGAUCUUCUUAGACAUCCUUCUCUAACUUUGUCCAAGUCUCUCUCUCUCUCCUAA